AUGUUACCUCAGCUAUGCAAUCUUACGUCGCCAGCGCCAAAAAAAGGAUGGAUACAGGCGGAAAGACGCCUGAGUCACUACGCGCCGGUUAAGAACGAGAUGCCGCCGUUAAGAUAUGGAGAAAAGUGUCCGGCCGGGAAGUUACUGACGAGUCAAGGGAGUCUGGUGUUAGAAGCCGUAGAGGGGCUUGUCUACAGUCCCAGUUUGGAGCCGGUGGGUUUUGUGGUUUGGCUUGUGAUGACUGAAAGCUUCUCUCUUUAUGGAUAUCUCAUCUACCAUGUUGCCAAAACAAAUUCCAACUGCAACAACCCGUUUCUUGGUAUCGACUGGAAAAGCUUCCACAUCUCAUCUCCAACUUUUCUAAAUGCCGAAACUACCCUUGAUGUGUUCUCAGACAACUCUCUGCGUGAUGAUCGGCUUACGUCUUCUUCCAAUAGUGAUGGAUCAUUGAAACUGGUUUCUGAAUCAUGUUAUCUACCGCACCCUGAGAAGGAGGAGGCAGGUAGCGAAGAUGCACAUUUCAUUUUUCCUGGUGAACAAGCAAUAUGGGUGGCAGAUGGGCUAAAGGAUCCUCAACUGCUUGCAUUAUUGCACUCACAAAUCAGGGUCUUGAUGCUAUCAACUUUGGUGAUAAUGUUGGAGAAUGGAAGUAAUAUUGAUUUUCCAAGCUCUGGUAAGACACUUCAUAAACCUGUAGCAAAUCCCAAGAAGCUGCCAAAAUGGAAUUAUGAUGGAUGGAGCACUUGUCAAGCUCCUGGUGAGGACAGCAAGGUUACAACUAAGGCAGCACAUAAAGUUUAAUGAAAGUUACUAUGUCAACUAUUUUGAGGUAUG